AUGCCAGUUGAAUCCAUCGACCCAGACGGCGAUAUUUUUAUCGAGUGUGGCGAUGAUUUGCUCCAGGUCUGCUCCAAGGUUUUGUCUGCAGCUUCCCCUGUAUUGUCCGCCAUGCUUAGCUCUCAUUGCAAGGAGGGUACUUCGAUAGUCAAGGGAUCGGAAGGACCGGGGGUUAUACCUCUGAGUGGGGAUGAUCCCGAAGCGCUCCUCACUUUUUGCAACAUAGUACAUUUUCGAACUGAUGAAAUACCGGACAAUCCGAGCCCUACAUUUCUCGAAGACUUCGCUACUCUGAUCGACAAAUACAUGUGCAAAAAGGCUGUUGCCUCCCAAGUUAAACUAUGGUUGAUGAAGAAUCUACAAAACCUUACUGUCACGCAACUGUGCCCACUACUGUUGCUCGCAUAUGUUAUGGAUUUACCGGAGAGAUUUGCUGCCAUUUCGAAGGAGAUACUCUUCGCGCAUGCGGGUUCUUAUACUGACUUGUCCUUGCUGGUGGACCAUCCACUUAUUCACAGCAACAUCGUCGGAAGGCAAUUACAAGCGUACUGA